ACUAUUUUCUGCUUUGAUUCUUAAUUGAAACUAGUUAUCAAUUUAUUAAAUAUAAGAAGAGCAAGACUCAAACAACAAGAAAGAAAACAAAACACUAAUCAAAACACUGAUUGUUAUAUAAUGUCAUAAAAUUACGUUACCAUAUUGACAUACCUCAGCCUCAUCAACUCAUUCAACAUGACAUAAAACAGUCUUGUUGGAUCUGGACCAGUCUAACCAUCUAACUAAACACCAAAAACCAGCAAUAAUAUAAUCGUGCUUAGCUCAGAUGAUGAUGACAAUUCAACACCAAAAUCACGUACAAAGUCCAUCAAGAGCAGUACAAAAACUUUAAAAAGGACUCACUCUCAGCUGUCCGAUAAGACUAUUCAGAGAAGAAGCACAAAAUCCGUUCUUAAUAGUAACUUCAGUCUCGAAGAUCAGCCAGAACCCGAAUCUGCUGAAACAGACUUCAAUAGUCCUGUAGCUUCUUCACAAAAGCAUUAAUCAAGCAAGCUUAAUUAACAAUACAAACAAAGAAAAAUUUCUCAAGUCAUCUAGGUUAAUCAAUAAUAAUAGCAAUUGCCUAUACAAGAAGACAAUACACUUAGAAAGAAGAGCUUUUUUGAAGAGCUUGAAGAAAUCGCCUAUUCAUUAAUGAAUGAAACAAACAAAAAACAAAAAAUAGAAGACUCACUUUCUCAUUCAUAAUAAUCAUUGCAAUAAUCAACCUCAUCUUCUUCUUCUAAUUUAAUUUAAUUAUAAUCCUCUUUCAAUCAACCCUCAUAAUCAUAAUAAUAAUUACAAUUAUAAUCUUAAAAAUCACAAUCUUAACAUUAAUCAUAAUUCUAAUCUAAAUAACUUGAUCUCAUUCAAGAAGAAGACGACGAAGAUUAAUAGUAGCAAUUACAAAAUUAACAACAACCUUCAAAUAUUAUUUAGUCAUUAAAAUAAACCAAACAAAGAAAGCAGCGUGCUCCAAAGGCUGCCAAUACUGCUGCCUCUUAAAAAAAAUAAGUUAAAAUUAAUUAAAAAUAAUAACAAAAAGGUAAAAAAUAAUAAGCCAUUAAUGAUAACACAAAUAUUAAUUAAACCAGCAUUAAUAACACCUAGCAGAUUGAUUCCGCAAACUAAUAAAUUAAUUUUUCCAUCAAACACAAAAAUAUUUUAUUAAAUUAAAACAAUUUUAAAUUUUAAGAACAACCCAAAAAAAUUCAACCUCCUAGAACUGUCUUCGCUGAAGAAGUUUACCUAAAAUCUAUUUCUUAAGAAGGUUCCAUUAAAUUACAAAAAUUCCCAUGUUUCAGGGACUCUGACCUUCAAAUACCAGCUGAGUUUUCAGGCCUUAUCUAACAAUAAUUCUCUGAUGAUGAUAAGUGCAGCGGUGAUGAAUUGCUUGAAAAGGCUGUCAACUACAUGCACAAAAAGCUUGUAGCUUCUACUCUUGAAUAAAACCCUUCUGCCUAAAUUCCUGAUGCAGAAAAAACAUUCACAAUUCGCGACAUUAAAAUCGAUAGAGACAGUGAAGAAGAAGAUGAAGAAUUAGAAUAAGAAGAAAACAACUAUUCUUAAAAUUCUAAUUAUCACUACUCUCCCUAUGGUCGCUAUUAAAACAAAAACAACUUUCUCAGUGACGAUGAAGAUAAUGAUGAUGAAGAUAGCAACUGA